UGGCGGAGGCUUCCUUUGGGAGUUCGAGCCCAGGUUUGUCCUCUUCAGUUCCUUCUUCUGUGAUUCCGGCAGUGGGAAGCUUUUGGUUGGCUCUUUAUCUUCUGAGGAUCAUGACUUUGACCCUACAGCUGAAAUGCUGGUACAUGAUUAUGAUGACGAGAGAACACUUGAAGAGGAGGAAAUGAUGGAUGAAGGCAAAAAUUUUAAUUCUGAAAUUGAAGAUUUAGAAAAGGAAGGAAGUAUGCCUUUAGAAGAUCUACUGGCAUUCUAUGGUUAUGAACCUACGAUUCCAGUUAUGGCAAGCUCCAGUGCAGAUAGUUCCCCAAGUGAACUUGCAGAUGAAUUGCCAGACAUGACUUUGGAUAAAGAGGAAAUAGCCAAAGACCUCUUGUCAGGGGAUGAUGAAGAAACACAGUCUUCUGCUGAUGAUUUGACACCAUCAGUUACCUCUCAUGAAGCAACAGAUUUUUUCCCCCGUCCAUUAAGAUCAAACACAACGUGUGAUGGCGAGAAAGAAUCAGAUGGCGAGGAUGUAGAAGUGGAUACUGGCAAUUCAUCUGAAGAUCUGCGAAAGGAAAUAAUGAUUGGCUCACAAUACCAAGCAGAAAUUCCACCUUGUUUAAGCAAAUGCAGUGAUGACGAUAAAGUGUAUGAAAAUGAAGACCAGCUACUCUGGCAACCUGAUGUACUUUCAGAGAGCAAAGUUAAAGAGUACCUUUUUGAGACCUCUUUAAGAACUGGAAAUGAAAAAAUCAUUGGCAGAAUUCCUGAGGGAAUACAUAUGCGGGACAAUGAACAGGCACUCUAUGAACUUCUCAAAUGUAACCACAGCAUAAAAGAAGCAAUUGAAAGAUACUGUUCAAAUGGAAAGGCAUCUCAAGAGAUGACAGCCUGGACAGAAGAAGAAUGUAGAAACUUUGAACAUGCACUUCUGAUAUAUGGGAAAGAUUUUCAUCUCAUACAAAAAAACAAGGUGAGAAGCAGAACAGUUGCUGAAUGUGUAGCAUUUUAUUACAUGUGGAAGAAAUCAGAACGAUAUGACUACUUUGCUCAGCAAACAAGAUUUGGAAAAAAGAGGUACAACCACCAUCCUGGAGUCACGGACUACAUGGAUCGGUUGGUAGAUGAAGCUGAAGCUCUUGGUGGAGCUGUUCAUUCUUCAGCCAUAACGACAAACAGUCGACCAGAGCCCAUUCCUGACCAACAGCUAAGCAUCCUGAACUCUAUCACUGCCAAUGAUUUGACAGCACUGACCAACAGUGUAGCCACAGUUUGCCACUCUACAGAUGUGAACUGCUUAGAUGAUGCCUUCCCACCUCUGGACAGCUUGCCCCGAACAGCAGUUAAUCAUGUGCCUGUCGUAACAGAAGACUUACUUAACUUGCCUAGUAAUGGAGAAAAUGAUUGUUUUAAUUUAUUUGAGACUGGAUUUUAUCACUCUGAGCUAAAUCCAAUGAACAUAUGCAGCGAGGAGUCUGAAAGGCCUACAAAAAGACUAAAAAUGGGAAUUGGAGUCCCAGAAUCCUUCAUGAAUGAUGUUUCUGUAAAUAACUUGGGCGUUGAUUUUGAAAACCACACACAUCAUAUUACAAGUGCCAAAAUGGCAGUCUCAGUGGCUGACUUCAGCAGUCUAUCUAGUAAUGAAACCAAUGGCUUUAUCAAUGCCCAUGCGUUACAUCAGCACACUGCCCUCCACUCGGAAUGAAUGUGGCAAGCAAUUGAAGAGACGGUGGACGCUGUUGAUGAUUAGUGGUGAACUUGAUGGGAAGAAUCAGGUUUGCUUAGUCUUUCACUGGAAGUUUGAACUGUAUGACAUCAGUGAUGUCUUUAUGUACAGAACUAUAUCUUGAUUUAUCAAGAGUAAUUUCAUUUUCCAAUCCAUAAAUGUGGAGACUUCAUACUAUGUUUAGCAGAGUUUGGGGACUAAGAGAACUCUGUGGUGCAGCUUUAAGCUCUGCUUCCUCUUACUUUUAAAACCUGUAGACAGAGACGGCUGUCUCAAAACCAGCACAGAAGUUCUGAACUGAUUGGAGUGGCUUUUAGACUAAGUUGCUUCUGCCCUACUGGAUGCAGUGGAAUAAUGAUUGUUUACAGGUACCAAUCCUGAUCCCUGCUCAAUGUAGCAUUUAAAAAUAAAUAAAUAAAUAAAAGCAGGGAAAGGUUUCUUUAAUUUAAACUGCACAAAUACACAAAGGAUCUUUUUCAAUGGAACCUUCUCUCAUGUGAUACUAAACCAGAGCACUUCAGUUUACAAUACAACAGGUUCAUCUUGAUGGAUAACUAGCACAAGGGAUUGUAGGAGCAAAGCCUGAAGACCUAUAUUUGGAUGCUCUUACCAAAUUACAGGCCAUGGCUACCUUACACAGAGAUAAUUAUACUGUCCAAAGGUUUCUGUGUACUUAAACCUAUUGGCUGAAAUUAUGUGGUGUUUAUGCUGGGGGGUGUCCACACUUCUGAGGAGUGUAAUGUGAAACUCAACAUCAAAUGUUAUGUAACUUUUUUUUAAAAAGACCCACUGAGAGAGAAUGGUACAGUCUGCACAGUUUAGGAUUUACCACUAAUGGUUUACAUCUUAGGACUCCCUUAAGUUCAGAGUAUUGCAGUUCAAAGUAUUAAACUUACGAGGGACUCAAUAAACCGAGAUAAUGCAGUAGAACCCUUAAGUAUAUAACUGCAUUUUCAAGCAUGGAUAAUAUUUUUCCUUCCUGAACUGAAAGAAGUUCAAAUGCAUUUAUACUUGGAGGCUUUGUUGAGACUGUUUUAGGUUGUUUUUGUUAAAUUUCACAGGUGAAGACCUGUGAAUGGCCACUAGAGGUUUGGAUUUUAAGUGGCUGUCAGUGAUAUUAUUAGUUGAAAGGUAUCAGUUAUGUGUUUUGAAUGACACAAAUUUGUGUUGCAGAAAUGCUGAGCUUUCUUAUAAUACAAUUGAAAUGCAGUAAAACUUGUCUAGUUUUGCACUGGCCAUUAUACAUAUUUAAUUUCCUUUUAAAUAUUGCAAUUUUUUUAACGUAAGUUUAGUGUUGGUAGUAAUAAUUUCACAGUUGCACUGCGUAAAUAGAAAGCAGAAGCCUUAGUUAGUUCUUCAAAGGGAGGGUAUUUAUUCAGCAUACUGUGAACUGCAUUGACAUCCAGAUUUUGAAAUGCAGCAUAGUGCUCUGUGUUCCUCAUGGCAUUGUAUCAAAAGUGGCUUUGGAGAGUUCUACACCAGUAGCGCACUUAACCAUUUUAGCAAUUUUAAUUUAGCACAGUGGACAAAAGUUGGUGGUGAUGUUCCAAAAUGUUUGAAAACCAUAAUCUAGUAAGUACACAGUCAAUAACGGGUAGCCUUGGCCCAUUUUUAGCCAAAUUGUCAGCUUCUUGUUGCUGUGAUUUGUGCUGAACCUUCAUACCUUGUUUUUGAUCAACGCAUCUUAAUGUAAUUUUGUAAAAUACUGGCCAUAUUUUGUUCUGUUAUACAUUCAAGCGUAUGGGUUUACAGUGGCUGGUCUGUAUAAAAACCAUUACUCGAAAAUGUCUGAAUGCCGAUACCAGUUGCACUUAAAUGAACACACCCAUUCUCAUUAGCUGAGGCAGUACUACGUUCAGUUUAUCUAUGCAUUGCUGGGGUCUUAAUGAAGACCGAGACAGUCUAGUUUCUCGUCUAAAGUUUUGAUUGUCAGCAAGUUGAAUGGACACUUUAGUUAUUUAAUAAAGACUUUUGACCAAAAUUCUGAAAAUGGUAUGAGAGAACAAUGAUUUCCGGCUAGUUUUAAUAGAUUUUUAAUUAAUGAUCUAAUUUAGCCUCUUGGCUAGCUAGCUGGUAAUGUUUACUUUUAAUUCCUUGUUAAAAUGAGGCAAUAAUUUGCAAGAUUAUGUAAAUAUGUACAUUCUGCAUAUCUUUUUAGAUAUCUAUUUCAAUAUUUUCUGACUACUUCUGUGUAUAGUAACAUUUUGUGCAUGCUUGAUGUGACAUUCAUAAAUUUGUACCACUAUGACUUUAUUCAUGUAAAAUAGCUAUUUAUUGAAUUUUUCUUUUAAAAGCUGGACUUAACCUGUUUUUCUCUGUUUUAAACAUCUUAAUGGAGAACUUGUUACUGUUUAUUAAAAGAAUUGCGUUGGAGGGUCAGUAGGAAGAGGACAGCAUAGCAACCGUUAUGAAGAAAUCUACAUUGCUUUUAUUCUUAGCGGGUGACACACAAUUCUUAUAACAAACUGUGAUGACUUCUUUUGUUCUUUGCUAAAUAUAUUCUCUUUUUCUCUUCUGCCCCACCCCUUGAUAAGAACAAACCAAAAAUCCAUCAUGGGCAAUUGCAGUUUAGUAGAUGUAUCACUUAACUACAGGGACUCUGAAAAGGCUAACUGUUCCACUUAGAAUUGUAACUGGUGCUGUGAUAAGAGCAAUACUUUCACUUAAGCAUUUUAUCCCCAUUGGUAGUUUUUUAAUUGUUCUCCCCUUCUGUCAUGGUCAAACUGCUGACUUGACAUGAAAGCUGUACAAUACUGUCUGAAGUUUACUGAAUUGUGUACAAUUUGGUUGAUUUGUGCAGUUUCUUUUUAAAACCGACAGUUUAAUACUAUAUGUCAGUUUCAGAUCCAGUAGCGUCUGAGUGAUACUAUUUAAUUUAACCAAAGUCUUUAGUUGAUAUUUCAAUUUUGAAUGUAAACUAGUGGAUUAACUGACCAAUAGAAGAUUCUGUAUUGCCCAGUGUUACAAGCACAUUGUUUAUAAAUGCGAAACUAAAUUUACACAAUGCUGUGGUUAUGAUUUUUUCCCAUCAGAAUGAAAACUUCCCACUAUUCCUAAACAAAAAUAGUCAGGAGGACUACAGUCCUGAAGCCAUCAGUCAUUCCAAGAUCAGCCUAGUAUUCCCUGUGCAUAAUGGCAUAAAUUAGUGACAAUCGCAACUGGUUUUAGUAUCAGGUGUCCAAGAGGAAGUUGCUAUUGUUGCAUUGGUUUUAAUAUUUGUACAUAAACACUGAUUUUUUUGAACAUUAUUUUGUAUUUGUUGUACUUUAAUACCUGGUGUACAGUUCCAGAAAUAAAUGUCUGGAA